GGUUAAAAAAAAAAAAUGAAAGCGGGAUGAUGAAUAUUAAAAGAUACGAGUUAGAUAGAAUACGAAAAUAAGAGAGAAAUGCAACUUUUGCGACAUAUGAUAACGAGAAUGAAAGUUGCCACGAUUUCGUUGCCGUUCCAUGAAUCAUUUGCUAUGUAUUAGUGCCACUUUGUGUAGAGGUGUGAUUUCCCACUCUACGAGCUCAUUCCCGUUUAAUAAUUCGCGAACCCGUAGUCCCGCUGGAGCGACGUCGCGCGUUUCGUUGUGGCGCCCACGAAGGCCCACCACGGUGGAGGGGUAUUACCCGCGAAGCUCACCUGAAACCAAACCCACUAUUGGCGGAAGUUGAGUUGGAAGGGACACCGGUCUCAUAUAUGUUCGACCACGCACGCUUCACAACCACUUCGAGUCUGUGACACGCGGUCCAAGGCCACGGUUGACGGUCAAGUUCAGAGGGAAAAAGAACGGCGUACGACAGGGUGAUAGGCGCGGUAACCAGCUAUCGGGAAAGCCGUCGCGCGAUUUUCAAUUGGUGUUAACGGUGCGCUUCGAACCAAACGGUGAGGAUCGACAAAUUUGGUGAAGAAGACGGGUAACCAUGAGAAUAGCCACGCCAGUUUUCCUGGUCCUCGGACUCGUUCUGCACGUCCAUUGCGCGGUAACGGAGAACAAGCCAAAUGAGGAUGGCACAAGUAUCCUGGAGUGUAUAUUCACGGACAACGCUGGGAAUUGCCUCAGGAAACGACUGGCCCGUGACCUGGACCGGAUCGAGUUGGAAGUUACCGGGAAGAAGAGUGAGAUUCCGAUGAGCGUGGUGGUUGAACAGGCUGGCAAUAUCGUUGCUGAAGUCGUUGAUGACCUGCAGAACGGCGCAGAAGAAAUCGUCGAGGGAGACGGUUCUCGGAAUGACAAUAUAGAAGAGGCGCGCAAGAAGAAGUUCAGUAAGAAAAAGUUGAAGCAUCUACAGAAACUUCUGGGACUGGCGAUGCUGCUGAAAGCGAAACUCAGCCUAUUGCUGCAGCUGAUAAGCACGCACUUCCAAUUCAAGUUCUUCAUCAUUGCCAUUAUCUCGUUGAUACUGAACGCCGCCAGGUUCUGGAUAGAGAUCAAGAAGAAUCACCCUUCCAAAGUUAUCUACUACGAGCACGCGCAGCACCAGCAUCACUACGAUCACGACGAUCACGGCUACUGGGGAAGAUCGUCGAACGAGACGCCUCAGGAAAUCGCGUACCGAGGUUACGUACCGACGAACUGACAUCGAGAUUGGAUAAAUCUAACCGAGGGGACGAUCAUUUUGCGAGAGAAGUCAAGAAAGAACUGAACAAUGACGAAAAUUCCGUCGCCAAAUGAUUACCGUCUCUAUCGUCCUUUAUUAAUUUUACAGUUAACAGUUUUAGUCCGAAAGUCAGGAAAUAUUUGCGACAUUUUAUUGUAUAGUAUUUAUUUAUUAUAUAUUUAGUUCGUUGCAUCGUGUGCGCCGGCAUAUGUUACACGAUCAUCCUGAGUUUCACUUUAAUUAAUGACGGAUGAUUGCAAAUUUCUACUCUGACCUCCAAUUAUCAUAUAUAAAAAUAGUUCUCCUUAAUCGCCUUAUAAGUCAUACCAAAGUUACUUACGAGUACCUGUUCUAUAUCUCGCCACGAGAAAAUUUCUUAGGACCAACUAUUUUAAUUAAAGGAACGUGCUAUUACUCGUAUCGUGACUCAGCAAACUUAGAAUCUUAUAGUCCUAAAUUUAAUGCUCUUGCUCUCUCUCUAAAUAUUUAUUAUA